ACGAUAUACUUACAUGUAGCUCAUUGAAAAGGAAAUUUGAAUAUCAAUAAUAUCGAAACCACUUUUGAUUUGGCAGUGGAGAGUGUGCUAGGAAUUUUCUUAACAACAAAUGUACAUAUAUGUAUACAGCGAUUUAAGAUCGGCUUUAAACAAAAUACAAUGGAAUAUUGGGACAAUUUAUUUUUUACUUUGCAUCUUUGUUGUUCACAUCUUUCCUUUCUUCCUGGAGGUAGUUUAGCUGGAACAGUUUCCACAGCCGGCUCUCUCACGGCCACUAUCGGAGGCUCUGUUGACUUCACCUGUACGUAUACACUAGACUCUGGUGAUACAGUCUAUCCAGGAACUAUUUCCUGGCAAGUUAAAACAGGAUCAGGGACGUCCGAUUUUACAAACAUGGCCUCUUUUUCUCCUCCCGGUGGUUCUAAUUCCUUUACAGACUUUGCCAAUGAUUAUAAGAAUCGGUCAGAAUUGUUAAAUGUUACAGCUAAUGGAGCUAAUUCUUAUGUUGUUGUGAUGAGAAUAAACGAGGUGAUGUGUUCAGAUGAGAAUCACUACAGAUGUUCUAUUUUAUUUAUUAAUACUGGGUCAGGUCCCAUAACUAGGACAAAAGAAACAUCUCUCACAGUUAGAGCACCUGCUGAACAACCUUAUGACAUUCCAGUUCCUGUACCAGACAAUAUAGAAGAGAACAUGGAAGUGACUUUGUCCUGUACAGCCAAUGUUGGAAAACCUCCAGGACAAAUCAGGUGGUGGCGCUACAGGAACGGGAUAACAGCUCCACAGGAAAUGACAGGAGUGUCUACCGCCACUCCACUAGUUCAGGAAGGCGUGUGCGUCUUCAACGUAACCAGCAAGGUAACAUACAGGAUGACGAAGUAUGAUGAUCAGACGGUGUGGAGAUGUUUCGUGGACAAUGAACUGUUAACAAUGCCAGACCGAGACAAACCUAACCAAGAAUCUAAAAGGGUCAAUGUAUUCUUUAAGGUCAACGUUCCCAUGAUAAAGAAGUUACCAGAUAUUGGUGCUGACUCUCAAUAUUCUGUUGGUUCCUCUGUGACCUUGACUUGUCAAGCUGAUGGUAAUCCAACUCCUGGAAUCUACAAAAGUACGACUGUCAAUAGGUACCUAUGGACGUUCAAGGCCAAUCCGAAUGACAAAGGUAGAGAACUAUCAUCCAAAAAUGGGACACUUCUUCUGACCAAUCUCCAGGAAAAUGAUACAGGGAGUUACGCUUGUACUGCAUUCAACGGAUUCAAUGGAAAAUUUUUCAACGCAUCUAGAAACUUGAGUUUACAAAUUGUGAAGUCUACAAGUAUCACUUCUUCAACUACUGCACAUAUUGUCUAUACAACUGGAUAUUUUAACCCACCCACAACACAGGAAGGAAACGGAUUUCCAACACCUAAAUCGAAAUUAGAAAUCAUCGCUGGCGGAACAAUAGGAGGAGUUGUUUUCGUUGUACUUGUUGCUCUUUUGAUCUUUAACAGAAGAUACCAAAUUUUAUGUUUUGAAAGGAAACAAAAUUCGAGUAUCAGAAAAACGGCAGAGUUAUACACUAUCUCUGGAACACAAAGUCUCGAAACAGAGAAAAGAGCUCAUUACGAAGGGCUGACACGGAAAAGUCGAGAUCAGGAAGACGGAUAUGACGUUAUAAGACCGCCAAAGGAUAAUGGAUCAUACACUAUAAUUAGACAAUUCAGUGCAACAUACGAAGAACUGAAACACAGGAAAGAGGAACACGGAUAUGAAAAACUUCCAGAUCUUACAAUCAUAUUUAACUAAGGAAAACAGCAAAAUAAAGUGACUGGUCACGGAAAACAAACUUUUGGACCCCCCUACAACACAAAGUUAAAGACAAUCUUAGUAUUUUGAAGAAGAUUAUCUUUCAUCAAUUGGACUCAGAAGAUAAAAACCAAGCAAAGUGAAUCUAUUUUAUACAAGAACAGAUAAUUCCAAUUUACAGAAAUUUAUUUACCUCAAAACAAAUAUGAGAAUUACAACAAAAGGGAAUUUUCCAAAAAAAGAAAGAAUGAAGGAAAGUUAUUGAAUAUUUAUACUCUUUUAAACUCUUUAAAAAUAUUUUUUGUUUCAUUAAACAUAUAUAAGACUA